UUCGCUAAAUUCUCCGUUUCUCUUUUCAACUCUCUCCUAUUUCUCGUCUUACACAGAAACGGGUCAGAUUAAUUUUCUCGGAAUUUAAUCCUAUUUUUUUUUAGAAAACUCAGAAACGAACAAAGAAAUAGUGGAUAUUUUUCUUUGAAAUUUGUUUCAGAAAAUGAAUGGAAACGAAAGAGAAGUGAAGGUGGAGGAAUGUAAAGAACUGGAGGUUUAUAUGUGGGGGUAUUUACCGGGGACUUCACCGGAAAAAUCUCCGAUCUUGUCUCCGGUUCCCGUUCGAUUGCCGGAUUCUGUUGAAGGCGGAGCUCGGUCUUGGACGGACAUUUGUGGUGGUGGUUGUGGAUUUGCUAUGGCCAUUUCAGAUUGCGGGAAGCUGAUAACAUGGGGUUCAACAGAUGAGGAAGGACAAAGCUACUUGACAUCAGGGAAGCAUGGGGAAACACCAGAGUCGUUUCCUCUUCCAACUAAAGCUCCAAUAGUCAAAGCAGCUGCUGGCUGGGCUCAUUGUGUGUCAGUAACAGAUACAGGUGAAGUGUACACAUGGGGCUGGAAAGAGUGUGUACCCUUAGGGAAAGUCACCCUUGAUAUGAUUGCUGGAGGGAGCUUUCAAAAGGAAAUUGGUGGAAAACAGGGACCAAUUCAAACCGAACAAGUUAGUCCAAAGUCUCGAGGCCUAAAUGUUGGUAGUGGAAUGGUUUCUCAAACAGAGAAUCGGAAUACAGGGGAGGAAGUAGCAAAGCGAAGGAAAAUAUCUGCAGCUAAAGAAGAACUUGAAAGCUCUGCUUCUGGAGAUGACUAUUUCACAUUGACUCCAUGUCUUGUGAAUCUGGGUCCAGGAGUAAGGAUCACAAGUGUUGCUGCGGGCGGGCGCCAUACUUUAGCACUGUCAGAUAUGGGACAGUUGUGGGGUUGGGGAUAUGGAGGCGAAGGACAGCUAGGCUUGGGUUCCCGAAUAAAAAUGGUGUCUUCUCCUCACCUCAUACCAUGCAUUGAGCAAAAUACUUCUGGAAAAGAUGCACCUCCGGCUGUUCGUCAGGGAGGCUUGAAUUCACAAGUGCAACAUUCUAAAGCAACUGGGAGCUAUGUGAAGGAAAUCGCUUGUGGAGGUCGGCACAGUGCAGUAAUAACAGAUGCCGGAGCUGUACUUACCUUUGGUUGGGGGCAAUAUGGGCAGUGUGGACAAGGAAGUACAACUGAUCUUCUGAGACCAACCUGCGUUUCCUCUUUAUCGGAUAUUCAAGUUGAAGGAGUUUCUGCCGGACUCUGGCAUACUGUGUGCAUAGCUGCUGAUGGUCAGGUAUUUACCUUUGGUGGGAAUCAGUUCGGACAGUUGGGUACUGGUGCUGAACAGGCUGAGACAUCACCAAAACGAUUGGAUGCAGCAAUUUUGGAGGGCAAGCAUGCAAAGAAGGUAUCAUGUGGGGCUCGUCACAGCACUAUACUUACAGAUGAUGGCCAAGUACUUAGCUGGGGCUGGAAUAAAUAUGGUCAGCUUGGUCUGGGUGAUACGAUUGACCGUAGCAUUCCUUCCCUUGUUCCUAUAGAUGGUUGCAUACCAAUAAACAUUGCUUGCGGUUGGUGGCACACGCUCAUGAUUACAGAAGCAUCAAUUUUGGAACCCAAAUAGGCCAAAACAAGAUCCAGGAGGAACAGUUUUGGUAAAUAUGGAGAUGUACUAACUUGUCAAUGUUAUUUGAUUUAGUAUCCAUCUCUUAUUGUACAUAAAGUUUGCUGUUCGCGCAUUCUUCGGGAACCUAGUUUGUCAUCAACAGCAGAUUGAAGUGACAUCUGCAUUUAACUUGUACUCAACCAAUAAAUACUUGCACUGAUACAUUAUGUUAAUCAGUAGGUUGGUUUGUUA